AUGGCUUCAACAUCCGAACUACCAUCACCUCCCAGUACUGCGCGUUCAUCGACUGAAGCUCCUAUGAGUGCGGCUCUUGAAAAGUUGACCGAAGCUCAGUCAAGCUCUGAGGAUCCAGGAGUACCGAUCGAGAAAUUCGACCAGCUUGCGCUAGAACACCUCGAACAGGACAAGGCACUUUUGCAAAUGCUCCGGAAGUUGGAUGACCAGAAGCUACGUAUCGCCCAACUCACAUAUGCGCUCAGUCGGCUACGCAUAUUAUCCAACUCGGCUUGUCUGUCACCCUCCGACUCUGACACCCCUGUUCUGGCCGGAUCCAUCUCGGUCAUUCAACCCCGACGUCUAGGCGCCGUAGUGCCCAAACCUCUGAUUGUUCAACAGUCAUCGAAGAGUGCCAGCUCCAUCGGUCGGUCGACUCUGUUCUCACCAGGAAAUGGCACGUCGGGCUUAUCUGGACCGAGUACAAACGAGGCUGUGAACCAACGCCGACGAGCGAAACAGCAGUUGCACGAAUUUGCACUUCGACGGCCCGCGCGCAUGGCGAAGAGUCGGGGAAAUGGCAAACCUGCAGCCGAGGAUGCCGCGGCUACAGCGAGGCGCGUAGGCUGGGAGGGCGCGCGGGCACCCCAAUAUUACUAUCCGGCGACCGAAGCGACCGGACCCUCCCCUGCAUAUGAUGAGCCCGGCACACACACCCCGCGCUCGGCACAGACACAGGGUGUCAAGUCCGCUUUUACAGGUAGUCCUGCUACACCACCUAGUUUGCGUUCGUUAUUUUCAUCGCCGAGUAGCACUGCUUCGAAAUCUCCCCGGACCCCUGUUCAGACACAUUUGGCCCCUCAGGUUGUCUAUGACUCUCCGUCAACGCCUGUUCCUCGUAAGCGCGGGAACAACAGGGAUAAGCCCUUACCAGCUCGACCUGUCUCUCCAACUAAGCCCAUGCGAUUGGCGCGCCACAUUUCGUAUACAUAUGAGGUCCCACCUGUACCCUCAUUAGAAGACACGACUGCCCAUAUCACUCUCAUCGAUAGGUCACAGGCAACACCCCCCCUUCCCGCAGACGAAGUCCAGAACAGAUUGGCAGCCACCUUUGCUCAUUUCUCCAGAUCCCGUGGACCUUCUCCUCAGCCAUCGUUGUCACCUCGCGUACCGAGCCCGCCCCGGAAAGCACUCGAGUUUCCAACGGCACCGCUCGACCAGGGUCAACCGGACUAUUUGCAACAUAUGCUUCAUCAAAAGUGGGUCGCCCAGCUUGACGAACAUUCACAUCAAGCCCGUGGAAAUUGGAAGUCGCCGCUCAAGGCAAUUAGGCAGAAACUUACCGGCUUUGGGGGACCCCGUCGACCAAGCCGAGCAUCGAUUGCGGAUUCUUCGUCGGAUACGCAUUCACAGUCUCAUGCACACGGGUCGUUUGACGUUGUUCCUGGAUAUGUCCAAGGUCUAGGGACAGUAGACGAAGGAGGUGAUUCAGAGUAUGGAGGUAUACCGCUUACGCCUGUGCCCGACGCCAAAGCGCUCAAGGCAAAGAAAAAGGCAUCUGGAAAAGAGGAAGGAGGCGUAUUAUCCAAGGCGACUUGGCGCUUCUCUAAAUUGGGUUCGUCUACAUCAUGA